CCGCACCGAGAGGGGGAAGUCAGGUGGCCGUCGCCGCCGCCGCCGCUGCCGCCGCCGCCGUCGCCACGGUCUGUCUCCAGAAGGAAGAUGGCGGAUCUGGAGGAGCAGUUGUCUGAUGAGGAGAAGGUGCGUAUAGCAGCAAAAUUCAUCAUCCAUGCUCCUCCUGGAGAAUUUAAUGAGGUUUUUAAUGAUGUUCGAUUACUGCUUAAUAAUGAUAAUCUUCUCAGGGAAGGAGCAGCACAUGCAUUUGCACAGUAUAACUUGGACCAGUUUACUCCAGUAAAAAUUGAAGGUUAUGAAGAUCAGGUAUUGAUAACAGAACAUGGUGACUUGGGGAAUGGAAAGUUUUUGGAUCCAAAAAACAGAAUUUGUUUCAAAUUUGAUCAUUUAAGAAAGGAAGCAACUGAUCCGAGACCUUAUGAAGCAGAAAAUGCAAUUGAAUCAUGGAGAAGUUCAGUAGAAACUGCUCUUCGUGCAUAUGUCAAGGAACAUUAUCCAAAUGGGGUCUGCACUGUAUAUGGUAAGAAAAUAGAUGGACAACAAACCAUUAUUGCAUGCAUAGAAAGCCAUCAGUUCCAAGCAAAGAACUUCUGGAAUGGUCGUUGGAGAUCAGAGUGGAAGUUUACAGUCACACCUUCAAUCACUCAAGUGGUUGGCAUCUUGAAAAUUCAGGUUCAUUAUUAUGAAGACGGUAACGUUCAGCUAGUGAGUCAUAAAGAUAUACAAGAUUCCCUAACAGUGUCUAAUGAGGCACAAACAGCAAAAGAAUUCAUAAAGAUUGUAGAAGCCGCAGAAAAUGAGUAUCAGACUGCCAUCAGUGAGAAUUACCAGACGAUGUCGGACACGACUUUCAAAGCCUUACGUCGACAGUUGCCAGUCACACGCACCAAGAUCGAUUGGAACAAGAUCCUUAGCUACAAGAUUGGCAAGGAGAUGCAGAAUGCGUAGAUGAACAUUGCAUGACCGGAUCAUUUUAGUGUCUUUGCGUUUAAAAAUUUUAAAAAGUUGUUGCGAAAGUAUUCAGAACUGUCGAGCUGCCCAGUCAGAUGGGCUGUUGCCAUUUAAAAUCACUGUAAUUAAUUAGUUUGGUUAGAGCACAAAGCUUAGCUAAUCUACCAUUAUUUUUCAUUUCUUUUGUUCAGAGAGGAUUGAAAAUGGGUUUAGUUUACUUUUUGUUAUGUCUUUACUUUCUCUUAAGCCUUUCUUAAAAUGAAGAGAGGAUUCCUCUAGUUUAUGAUUAAAAGGGUAAAAAUAUUUUACCCUUACACUAAAUUGUUGUCUUUGGUUUAGGAAAUGGGCAAUUUUUGAUAUUUGCCCAGUUAUUUUUAAAUGGGGUCAUUAAUAGAAAUUCUAGUUUAAGGUGGUUAAUGGAUUUAGCCAUAUAUGCUGCUAAAGAAAUUGUCUACCUUUUCCCCUCACUUCUUCCAUUUCUGUAAGAAUAAGAUUAGAAGGAAAAUGUUUUCUGUAUCCAUAUGUUUAAGCCUUUCGGAUCAUUAGCUAGCUUAGUGUUUAACUGAACUUUUUUUAAACAAAGCCAAGGUCUAAUGCUGUUUUGAGAUUCUAAAACUAAAUGGAAAUACUUAUUUCAGAAAUGCAUUUAAUGCUUUUUUUCUUGUGACAGUUAUGCAAAUUAGCUUGACUUCCAUAUGUCCCUGAGUUAUUUUUAUCAUAAAGCCACAAAUGUAUUAUAACAAGGCAAAUUGUAAUAUAUAUAAUCCUGAACUCA